CAUGGGCUCAAUCGGGAAAUCGUCGAUGUUGUGGAGAUGCACCACUAUGUAGAACUUGAAGAGAUGGUACACCAAGCCAUCAAGGUGGAACAACAACUCAAGCAAAGAGGACAUUUGAGGAAGACUUCUAACUCGUCGGCAUUCGUUCCAUGGAAGAACAACCCUAAGAAAGACACCCCUACUACAUCAAGAUUCAAGCAGGCAAAUCCUAAACAUGAUGACAAAGUUGCUACCAAAAAGGUACAGCCUGAACCCAAUUCUUCAAGAAAUCGUGAUAUAAAGUGUUUCAAGUGCCAAGGAAAAGGACACAUAGCAAGUGAGUGUCCUAACCGACGUACAAUGAUCUUCAACAAUCAUGGAGAGUUGGAAACCGAGGAAGAAAUCACCGACAAAGAGGAAUCAUCAAAAGAAGAUGGUGAUGGAGAGUAUGCCGAAGAAGGAGAAUUGCUUGUUACUAGAAGAACCCUUAGUGCCCAGAUGUUGGAGGAAGAUAAUUGCCAAAGAGAAAACCUGUUCCAUACACGCUGUCAAGUUCAUGGAAAGGUAUGUAGUAUGAUUAUUGAUGGUGGAAGUUGUUGCAAUGUGGCAAGUACUGAAUUGGUUCAAAAAUUAAGUCUACCUACUUUCAAGCACCACCGCCCGUACAAGCUUCAAUGGUUGAAUGAGUGUGGAGAGCUGAAGGUGACCAAGCAAGUAAAGGUAUUUUUUUCAAUUGGAAGAUAUAAGGAUGAGGUUUUAUGUGAUGUUGUACCAAUGAAAGCAUGCCACAUACUGUUGGGAAGACCAUGGCAGUUUGAUAGGCAUGAUUAUGAAGAUGUCUUUCCGGAUGAGAUGCCACCAGGUUUGCCACCCAUUCGAGGGAUAGAACAUCAAAUUGACUUCAUUCCGGGAGCAUCCUUGCCAAACCGCCCAGCAUAUCGUACCAAUCCCGAAGAAACCAAAGAGAUUCAAAGGCAAAUCCAAGAAUGGAUGGCCAAAGGUUAUGUGAAGGAGAGCCUUAGUCCUUGUGCAGUUCCGGUGUUGCUCGUACCUAAGAAGGAUGGCACAUGGCGGAUGUUUAUUUUCCUUGGUUUUGUUGUAAGUAGUGAAGGAAACACAGUUGACGAAGAAAAGGUCAAAGCUAUUCAAGAUUGGCCAACCCCCACCACUAUUGGAGAAGUGAGGAGCUUUCACGGCCUUGCAAGCUUUUAUAGGCGAUUUGUGAAGGACUUUAGCACCAUGGCAGCCCCAUUGAACGAGUUAACCAAGAAAAAUGUUCCAUUCAAGUGGGGAAACGCACAAGAGAAAGCCUUUCAAGCUAUAAAAGAGAAGCUUACCCAUGCACCUUUGCUAGCCCUUCCCGACUUUGGUAAGACUUUUGAAAUUGAAUGUGAUGCAAGUGGGAUUGGCAUAGGAGGAGUUCUUAUGCAAGGAGGUAGGCCGGUUGCAUAUUUCAGUGAUAAAUUAAGUGGGCCAACACUUAAUUACCCUACAUAUGACAAGGAGCUUUAUGCAUUGGUUAGAGUAUUGGAAAAUUGGCAACAUUAUUUGUGGCCAAAAGAGUUUGUAAUACAUUCUGAUCAUGAAGCACUCAAGUAUAUUAAAAGUCAAAGCAAGCUUAGCCGUCGACAUGCAAAGUGGGUAGAGUUUAUUGAGUCAUUUCCAUAUGUGAUCAAGCACAAGAAAGGUAAGGAGAACAUUGUUGCUGAUGCACUUUCAAGAAGGCAUGAUGGAUUUUUAUUUCGAGCCAACCAGCUUUGUGUUCCUAAUUGUUCUAUUCGUUCAUUAUUGUUAAAGGAAGCACAUACUGGGGGUUUGAUGGGUCACUUUGGUAUUUCUAAAACUUUGGGAGUCUUGAGUGAACACUUUUAUUGGCCAAAGAUGCGUAGAGAUGUUGAAAAGUUUGUGGGAAAAUAUUGUCAUAAGGCAAAGUCAAAGCUUAAUCCCCAUGGAUUGUACAUGCCCCUCCCUAUUCCUAGU